AUGCGUCUCUUGUCCGCUCUUGUCGUAUAUGGGGCUUUAAUCCCAUCCAUUUCCGCAGUUCCCGCCGGGUCCAGUAUCGUACCAUCGCAAGAACCUCAGCCUCAACCCGCUCAGCUCCUCACCCAUUCCUCCAUUACCCGCCGCCCAUGGACCCGACUACGAGACUGGGUGAUUGAAUCUGUUUGGGGCAACGGUCACUGCUCCUCAUCUCAUAGACACCCAGGUCCACCACUUAAUGUACGAGAGCGUUAUGAGAAUGAUGUGGUUCUCCGCUUUCACUUGCGUCAUCCGGAGGAAGCAACUGCGCUUGCUGAGGCCUCACAGGCCUUAGUGCUAGAUAUCUGGGACACAACGGCAGAGUUUGUAGAUAUACGUUUGGCUGAUGAUAUGAUCCCCUCCUUGCUAGACCUGCUCCCUUCCUCGCUACGCGCAUCGCAUACGCUACUCAUGGAUGAUUUAGUUGAAAUGAUCUAUGCGACAUAUCCGAGACAACAUCAUAAUACUUGGAAGACAGAACAUGGAUUUGCCGCUGGUCGGAAAUCAUCCACGGUUGACGAUGUCUUCUUUCGCGAAUACCAGCCACUCUCCGUUAUUGUGCAAUGGAUGCGGCUGAUGUCGUCAAUGUUUUCGUCCCAUGUCCGGUACACAAGCAUUGGACUGUCGUACGAAGGUCGCGAAAUCCCGGCCUUGCGGUUAGGCACCUUUAACUCCGAUUUCCGCACUGCAGGUCCCCGCAAGACGAUUCUCAUCGUUGGUGGCUUACAUGCUCGCGAAUGGAUCAGCACCUCAACCGUUACCUAUGUCGCAUACAGUCUCAUCACACAGUAUGGGAUUUCGCGCGCGGUCACUCACCUCCUAGACCAAUAUGACUGGGUUCUAGUGCCUACUCUCAAUCCAGACGGAUAUGUCUAUUCAUGGGAGUCAGAUCGUCUAUGGCGGAAGAACAGACAGCCCACUGGUCUUCCAUUUUGCCCUGGUGUUGAUUUGGACAGAGCUUGGGAUUUUGAGUGGGACGGUGAAUCCACUCGUUCAAAUCCUUGCUCCGAAAACUACGCUGGGUCGGAGCCCUUUGAGGCCCUAGAGUCUCAUCGAUUUGCCCAGUGGGCAACUAAUGAGACUUCAAGUGGACGCGCAAACAUAGUGGGAUUUUUGGAUCUUCAUUCGUACUCACAGCAGAUCCUAUAUCCUUAUUCCUAUGCCUGCUCAGCCGUCCCCCCAACCCUGGAAAGUCUGGAGGAGCUGGCCUUGGGUCUUGCUAAGACCAUUCGACACACCUCUGGCGAGAUAUAUGACGUGACCUCUGCUUGUGAGGGCAUUCUUAAUUCUGGCUCAAGCUCCUCCGUUACCUCGGGCGGCAGCGCGUUGGAUUGGUUCUACCAUAAACUGCAUGCCGUAUACUCUUACCAAAUAAAACUCCGGGAUCGUGGCAGCUACGGGUUUCUGCUACCUUCGGAGCAUAUUGUACCGGCAGGUGAAGAGAUCUUCCAUGCUGUACUCGCAUUUGGCAAAUUUGUCUGGGGAGAUGCCUCUACAUUUCCUGCCAGUGAGACUGAAAUUGACUUGAAGAAUGCAGCUGGUGGCCAAAAACCAUUGGUUUGA